AUGCAGAGAGCCGGAGGCGGGGGCGCCCCCGGGGGCAGCGGCGGGAGCGGCGGCGGCGGCGGCGGCGGCGGAGGCCCGGGCACUGCCUUCUCCAUCGACUCCCUGAUCGGGCCGCCGCCGCCGCGCUCCGGCCACUUGCUCUACACCGGCUACCCCAUGUUCAUGCCCUACCGGCCCCUCGUGCUGCCGCAGGCGCUGGCCCCCGCGCCGCUGCCCGCCGGCCUCCCGCCCCUCGCCCCGCUAGCCUCCUUUGCCGGCCGCCUGACCAACACCUUCUGCGCGGGGCUGGGCCAGGCCGUGCCCUCGAUGGUGGCGCUGACCACCGCGCUGCCCAGCUUCGCGGAGCCGCCCGACGCCUUCUACGGGCCCCCGGAGCUCGCUGCCGCUGCCGCCGCCGCCGCCGCCACUGCCACCCGAAACAACCCCGAGCCGGGCGGCCGACGCCCGGAGGGCGGGCUGGAAGCCGAAGAGCUGCUGCCCGCCCGGGAGAAAGUGGCAGACCCCGCACCGCCCCCGCCUCUGCACUUCGCAGAGACUUUCCCAAGUCUGCCGGCAGAGGGGAAGGUGUACAGCUCAGAUGAGGAGAAGCUCGAGGCGCCGGCGGGAGACCCAGCAGGCAGCGAGCAGGAGGAAGAGGGCUCGGGCGGUGACAGCGAGGACGACGGCUUCCUGGACAGUUCUGCAGGGGGCCCCGGGGCCCUCCUGGGAGCCAAACCGAAGCUAACGGGAAGCCUGGGGACUGGAGCUGAGGAGGGGGCACCGGCGGCGGCGGCGGCAGCGGGAGUCACGGCUCCUGGGGGCAAAAGCCGGCGGCGCCGCACAGCCUUUACCAGCGAGCAGCUUUUGGAGCUGGAGAAGGAGUUUCAUUGCAAGAAAUACCUGAGCUUGACCGAGCGCUCCCAGAUCGCCCACGCCCUCAAGCUCAGUGAGGUGCAGGUCAAGAUCUGGUUUCAGAAUCGGCGGGCCAAGUGGAAGCGCAUCAAAGCCGGCAAUGUGAGCAGCCGUUCUGGGGAGCCUGUAAGAAACCCCAAGAUUGUCGUGCCCAUACCCGUGCACGUCAACAGGUUCGCUGUGCGGAGCCAGCACCAACAGAUAGAGCAGGGCGCCCGGCCCUGAGGGGCUCCCGGGGGCUUCCUGAGCCUGCUCUGAGACUGGGCUAGGCUUCUGCGGACCAGAGGGGCUCCCGCUGUGACUCUGCCCUCGGACGGGGCUCAGUCGGCAACUAACGUAGCUCUAGGGGGGCUCUCCUGGCACUUGGCCCUGAGCCACUCCAGAGACCCCCAGGACUGGGGCUUCAGGGCUAAAGGGGCUUAGGUUCUUCCCGUCGAGGAGCUGCUGGGACUGAGGUGGACCCCUAGGGCUUGGAAGGUUCCUGGCUAAUGCCCUGGAAUCGCUUCUGACGGGGAUGGAAGGAAGCCAGGGUGAGACCUAGCCAAGCUGAUGACAGCUCCUUAUUUAUUUUGUGUGAAGUUUGUAUAUAUGGAGCUCUCUGCCUCUGUCUGUCUGCACCCCUGAGAGGGAUUGGGGAGCUUGUGUGUGUCCUCCAUCCUCAGCCAGUCUGGUUCCAUCUCACUGCCCCAGAGUGGGUACCGCCUCGCCUGUCUAUAGUACAGAACGCGCAAAGAAGCGAAGUGGAACUGUCACUAGCCCCUUAGAAACCCUUCAGCACUCACUGUCUCUUUCAUGUAAUCUACCUCCACUAAUGUCCUUUCCCGCCGCAGGUGCUGCCCACCGUUCACGCCUCCAGCUCUCAUGCUCCUAACGCGGCACCUCUUUUCUCUUUACCAUUAAACAGGCAAGCUUCUGCACCUCUGCUUUCUGCUCUUUGGAAGAGUUUGCAGACUUCAGGGUAGAGGAUUCACUCCCUUUUGUAUUCUGAGGGGAAAUGAAGUACUUGAGCCUAGCUUAGGUGGGGUGUGUCUGGCCGUGUCUAAGUAGGUGGAGGUUAUCAGUCGUGUGAGGGACGGGCCGGCCGGGGGCUCACCCCCAUCACCUGGGUGCCCGUUAACGAAUCCUUUCCUGUGUAGAGGGCGUGGCAGCUUAUUAGUCCAUCUCUGCUCUCUUCGAUAUUCCAGACAUCAGGGCCUGGAGUAAAAAGACCCACUUCUAGGGCUCUGUUUUAACAGCAUUAAUUGUGGUCUCCCCCCCACCCCCGUUGCACCGUUUACGAAGCUUGGGAUCCCAAGUCCUCUUCUGUUAUAAAAUGAGGUUGGUUGAGAGGGCCCACUGCGGCGCGGCGCGGACGAGGCAGGAAUGUACCUGGCGGUUCUGGAAGGGGGUGUGCUGUGGCGGAGGCCUGGGGGGUUGGCAUUCUGUGAGCAGAUUAAGGAACAGCGUUAAUGGUGGGCGAAGGAAACACACAGACGUGAGGCUUCAGGGGCACUUGCAAGAAACAGAGUAGACCUAGAGGGAAACGAGACAAGCUGGAGCUGCCUGCCAUUCCCCCACCUUCACAGACGGGCUACCGUCCUGUACCAGCUGUGGAGUCAGGCCGCACAGGCAUCGGGGACGGAGCUACCACAGAAGCCAGCUGAAGUUGGUGUCAUGGUUAACGGGGCUUCCUGGGAAGAAACAGCACCUGCGUUGAUUUGGGAGGAGAGGUGGAGUAGAACAGAAAAAAAAAAUCGGCUGUGAGUGAGGCAAGGUCAGAGAGGGGAGGGAAGCGCAGCUCAGUCCAGCCCCCGGCCGGCUUCCUCACCUGCGUCAGAGGGCAUGUCGCUGCUGAUUCCUGGUUUGCAAGCCAGCCGCUGUCUAGUUGCUCACGUCUAUUGCCUGCCUCUUCCAGUGAGACUGAGACAGCCCUUCCCUGGCAGCUCUUUCCUCCUAGCUGGUUCUGGCAACCAAACGGAACGCAGCCUGGAGCUGUGACUGGUCACGAGCAAUGGUGGCACGGUGCCCUGGCUGGGACACGCACAGCCAGGGUCCUCUCUAUCUUUUGGCUAAAUUGCAGCAAGGCUGGAGAAUCAGGCUGAAAAAAUGUAGUCCAGACCAGCCCCAUUCCUGAUCUAGAUCAAGGCUGUCUGCUACCUUUGACUCACCCACAUGGGGAACCUACAGGGUGAGAUUCUUUUCAGGAGAGAAGCCGGGCAGAGGUCGAGGAUCCCAGGAGCGGUUGUCAUCUUGCUGUCAGGAAUCCAUGUCCGCAGGUCGAGCAAGGGCUGGAGCGGAGGCCCUCUGGCUCUGCCCCCAGGGAGGGGAAGUGGGGGGCGGGGAGGAGAACUAGCAAGACCAAGGCCUUGAUCUGCCCUUUUUUCCUGCAUUUACCUCUGAAGCCUCCUAAACUAUACCAGGCAGCAUUCAGCCACCCAAGGGGCUUCUUUUCCUUGGGGAACCUGGAGGUGAUUAUUGCUAGUAUUUUCUGAGCCUAGGAACCCAGUCUCACACACACCCAUGGUCCUGUCUCUAUUCUGCCCUUAACCUUGUUUAAGGCUCUUGUCAGCCUGGCAAAAGGGGCUGUGGACCAAGACAGUAAAAUCUGGUUUCCUCUCUGAA